AUAUGUUACCAUAAACCAAGGGUGAUUGAAACUUUCUUAAAAAUGUAUCAAUGGCGAAAUCCUGUAUUCGUUAUAUCACCGAUUGAAACUCUUUCUUUUAUGUAUGCUAAUUUAUUUUGGAGAUUUCUUUAUUCAUUUCAAAUUUUGCCAUAUGAGUCGCACUGUGGUUAACAAAUUCCAUUUCUUUCUGUUUCACUUUAAUUUGAUAUCUUGCUUUGUUGUUACUAAAGUACAAGAUCUUGUUCGUCCCUUUAAAAGAAAAGAUUUUGUUAUUAUCCGUAGGGUUUUACAAGAAAGUGCAAAAUAUAGUGAAUUGAAAGUUGUGUAGCUGUUAAAGUGUAAUUAACAUUGUAAUGUGGCAGGAAAUGAAGCAAUUGUAAAUGGAUUUUGGGGAAUAGCGUAUUGUAAGCUGUAUGGAUAGAACAAAGGACCAGUUUUUAUCAACAUGCCUAAGCGCUUAUGUUAUUGAAAUGAAAUUCAUAUGGAAAACAACACAGAAAAUAUGACUAAAUAUUUUCACCUUGUGAUAUAUAACAUAUGCUCUCAUAUAGUUUAUUGAUAGCUUUAACAAAAAAUUCUCCUGCUGUGAGUACUACCCCCGCAAAGUGUAUACUUUACCCUUUUCCCAUUUGUUUCGUGAGGAUUGUACAUACACAACCAUAAAAAUUUGCAAUACAAUCUGUGGAAAAGUCAAGUCGCCACCCUCAAUCACAUACAUGUACAGGACGCAAAAAAGCAACUUUACUCUAUAAGAAAAUUUAUAACUUGAAAUAUUAAAAGAGUUUUUUUACAAAUCUUAAAUUAAUACUGAUUAAAGCAGUACAUAGAGAUUUGGGUCCUGCUAUCAAAAAUGUCAGCCGAUUCGGAUAUGGAGUAUUCGGACAACGAUUGCGAAUACGAGGAUUAUUAUAAUUCAGGUGAAGAUUGCGAUGUAGAACGAUUGGAUCCAAAAAAAACUGACCCCGAGUAUUUUGAAUAUGUUUGCCUCACCGUGGAAGAGGUGGAAAAGUUACUCAACGAAUCGGUUGAAAAACUGAAUACAGUUCUGAACAUAACACCUUCACUAUCAAAAGUGCUACUACUGGAACAUCAAUGGGACAAUCAAGUAGUGGUAGAUAAAUAUCGAGAAGAUGCAAAUUCUUUAUUUAUAACCGCUCGUAUUAAACCGCCUAUUAUAUUGGUCAGUCGAGUUGACCCGUUAGCACCAUCCACCAGUAAAGAAGCACUUGCAUUCAGUAAUAUAAAUAGCGGUAGCAGUAGUAGUAGUAGUAAUGACUCGCCUCGUAGCGCAUUAUUAUCGACUGGUAUUUACAAUAAUUACAACAUGUUGGCACCUGGCAGUGACACUACGUCCCAACGCAGCCAAAUGUGUCCAGUUUGUGCUAGUUCACAAAUAGGCGAAAAGUUCUUUAGCCUAUCUUGUGGUCAUGCUUUUUGCAAAGACUGUUGGUCAAUGUUUUUCGACACUCAAAUAUAUCAGGGUAUUUCUACACAAAUCGGUUGCAUGGCCCCCAUGUGUAAUGUUCGGGUUCCCGAAGACUUAGUACUUACACUAGUGACACGCCCAGUAAUGCGUGACAAAUACCAACAGUUUGCCUUUAAAGACUACGUUAGGUCACACCCGCAAUUGCGUUACUGCCCCGGACCAAAUUGCCAAAUUAUAGUGCGCUCAUCAGAGAUUUGUCCGAAACGUGUUAUCUGUACUUGCUGUCAUACAUCGUUUUGUUUCAAAUGUGGCAUGGAUUAUCACGCACCCACAGACUGUAUAAUUAUUAAAAAAUGGCUGACAAAAUGUGCAGAUGACAGUGAGACAGCAAAUUAUAUUAGCGCCAAUACCAAAGACUGCCCGAAAUGUCACAUUUGUAUAGAAAAAAACGGAGGUUGCAAUCACAUGCAAUGUUUCAAUUGUAAGCAUGAUUUUUGUUGGAUGUGUUUGGGUGAUUGGAAGGCACACGGAUCCGAAUACUAUGAGUGUUCCCGCUAUAAAGACAAUCCGAAUAUUGCUAACGAAUCGGUGCAUGUGCAAGCUCGUGAAGCUUUAAAAAAAUAUUUGCAUUAUUAUGAACGAUGGGAAAACCAUUCGAAAUCCUUACAAUUAGAACAACAAACCAUUGAUCGGCUACGUGAUCGUAUUAAUGAGAAAGUCAUGAAGGGAAGGGGAACCUGGAUUGAUUGGCAGUAUUUGUUCAACGCCGCAGCUUUGUUAGCGAAAUGUCGGUAUACGCUUCAAUAUACAUAUCCAUAUGCGUACUACAUGGAGAGUGGGUCGCGUAAGGAUCUAUUCGAGUAUCAGCAGGCACAACUUGAGGCUGAAAUUGAGAAUCUAUCUUGGAAGAUUGAACGUGCCGAAACAACAGAUCUGGGUGAUUUGGAAAAUCAAAUGGACAUUGCUGAAAAGCGUCGCACAACGCUGCUUAAAGACUUCUUUCCAAUAGAUGCUUAAGUGCCAACAAAAUGACUGUAGUAAAAUAGAGAUAUUUACUGUGUUUAAGCUAACGUUAAUUAAUACAUAUUCGACUAUUUGGUAAACAUGGCUGCUAAUACGAAUGGCUAAACUGCAAUAUAAACGCAACGCUCUAAUAUUUUAGAUAAUAUUAAACCAAAACACAUACAUACAUAUUUAGGUAAAUAUAUGUAUAGUUAUAAAUUGCAUAAUACACAUUAUUUAAGAAAAGAAUUUACCAUUUGU